AGAGUGAUGGUGACAGGAGGGGGACAGGAGAUGACAGUAAAUCCUGACAGCUUCAACCCAUGGCACUUUGGGUGCUGUCACCUCUCGGGCCUGUGUAGGGAGAAUAGGGAAGACCCCUGGGGGCUGCAUGUGAAGAUGAGAAACAAAGAUUUAUUCAUUGAAAAAGGCCUCUAGGACUGAACUCAAAAGACACAAGCUCAUUCAUGUGUACGCCUCUCCAGAAGGGAGACCAUAGCUACAGACUCACACCUACAACGUGAUGCUCAUUCAGCACAGGCGUUGGCGGAGGCUCCAGACGCACGCACACGUCUGGAGGGACUGCCGGAAUGGGCACAUACACCUACGAGGCAUACACAGAAUCCAGAGACAAGGACACAAUGCGAAGGGUGACCCAUCAGCCAUUAGCACACAUAGACUAUGCAGAUGAGUAUACAGACCUAGCGGGCAUUCCCGGGGUCCCUGGGGGCACAGGUGCAAGGGAGUGGGGGGUGCUCCCCACAGGCACUCGCCUAGGGGCCGCUCGCAGGGCCCAAACCACACACUCACCUCGCAGAUGUUCACACAGGCACAUCGCCAGAGGACGCAGACCCACGCCUAGAGGGCGCUGCAGGGUCCACAGCACACACACCGUGUCCGCCUCUGCCUUGGCGAGAGAGACCGAGGCGUGCGCGACGCCCUUCCAGGCCCGUGAGCGCCGGGUGGAAACCGCGGAGAGACUAUCGAAGGCAGCACCAAUCUUGGGCGGGAGCCCAGUGGCGCUGCCGCCAUGGAGGCGCUGCUGCUGGGCGCAGGGUUGUUGCUGGGCGCCUACGUGCUCAUUUACUACAACCUGGUGAAGGCCCCACAGUGCGGCGGCAUCGGCAGCCUGCGGGGCCGUACGGCCGUGGUCACGGGCGCCAACAGCGGCAUCGGCAAGAUGACAGCACUGGAGCUGGCGCGCCGGGGAGCGCGUGUGGUGCUGGCCUGUCGCAGCUCGGAACGCGGGGAGGCUGCUGCCUUUGACCUUCGCCAGGAGAGUGGGAACAAUGAGGUCAUCUUCAUGGCCUUGGACUUGGCCAAUCUGGCCUCGGUGCGGGCCUUUGCCACUGCCUUCCUGAGCUCUGAGCCUCGGCUGGACGUCCUCAUCCACAAUGCCGGGAUCAGUUCCUGUGGCCGGACCCGGGAGGCCUUUAAUCUGCUGCUUCGGGUGAACCACAUUGGCCCUUUCUUGCUAACACAUCUGCUGCUGCCUCGCCUGAAGACUUGUGCCCCUAGCCGUGUGGUUGUGGUAUCUUCAGCUGCCCAUCGGCGUGGGCACCUCGACUUCACCCGCCUGGACCGCCCAGUGGUGGGCUGGCAGCAGGAGCUUCGGGCAUAUGCUGACAGUAAGCUAGCCAACGUAUUGUUUGCCCGGGAGCUCGCCACCCGGCUUGAAGGCACUGGUGUUACCUGCUAUGCAGUCCACCCAGGACCUGUGAACUCUGAGCUAUUCCUGCGCCACGUUCCUGGAUGGUUACGCCCACUUUUGUGCCCAUUGGCUUGGCUGGUGCUCCGGACACCCAAAGGGGGUGCCCAGACACCGCUGUACUGUGCUCUGCAAGAGGGCAUUGAGCCCUUCAGUGGGAGAUAUUUUGCCAACUGCCAUGUGGAAGAGGUGCCCCCAGCUGCCCGAGACGACCGGAUAGCCCACAGGCUGUGGGAGGCCAGCAUGAAGCUGGCAGGGCUUGGACCUGAGGAAGAGGAGGAACCUGAUGAAGAACCUCAGCUGGAAGACCUAAGGACCCCAUCUUUAUUGAGUACCCCAUACUCUUGGGAGCCCACAGACUUGUCUAAGAUGACCCACCGAAUUCAGGUGAAAGCUGAGCCUGAACCCCAAGUCUCCUAACCCCCAGGCCAAGAUGCUUUUCAUGACACUCCUUGACCCCUGGAAACCUUGCCCUGGGCACUGAGGGGUUUGCCAUUUUUACCUCCAUUGUUACUUUCUGGAGGCUCUGGGUGUGUCCUGGAAGGAAAUAAUGACUGUUUCUUCCUGAGAGGGACAGUAACUCCUGAUUCAGGGAUAGGGAGGGUAAUGUGCUUCUCAGGAAUUUAAAUUUCAGAUUUCCAGGCCCUACCCUGGAUGGUUCAGAUCCGAUCUAGGGCAGAACCAGAGAAUUUGUGAUUUGAUGCACUGCCAACACUGAGAAGGACUGAACUGAGCCCUUUGCAACCAUCUAGAUAGGUAGUUAAAUUACCCCAUAUUGGCUAGGCAUGGUGGCGCGCAGGCCUGUGAUUCUCAAACUCCAGAGGCUGAGGCAGAAGGAUCGUUGUGAGUUUGAGUCCAGCCUGGGCUACAUAGUGAGACCCUGGCUCCAAAUAAAAUUACCCCAUUUUACAGAGGCGGGAUAAGGUCCACAGGAAAGGACUCGCCCAGCCCAAAGACUAAACCAGUAAGGACAGGGACUGCAAUUUGCGCCCAGGGGUCUAACACCAGGACCCGCUGCUGUAAGGUGGGUGUCCCCAGGUGGAGCGGGACAGUGGUUUAUCGCGGUACCCCAAGGGAGUAGGGAGACGCCCUCCAGGGUGCCUUGGGGCUGGGUCCCUUAGGGUGGUGCCCCCUGUAAUAAAGUGAGUUGACGGCCUGGG